AUGCCUCUCUUCCUCUUGCUGCUCCUGCUGCCAAGCCCUUCACACUCCCACCCCAUCUGUGGCAUCAGCAAAGUGGCCAGCGAGGUGGAAAUGAACUGUGAAAAUAAGGGGCUGAAGGCACCGCCUCCAGAUCUGCAAGCAGAAACCAACAUCCUCCGCCUGGGUGGGAACCCCCUGGGCACCUUCUCCAUGGUGUCCGUGGUGAAUCUGACUCACCUCACUCAGCUGCACCUGGAGAAGAGCCAGCUGACCAGCCUGCUGACUGACGCGACGCUGCCCCGGCUGGAGACCCUGAUUAUAUCCCACAAUACGCUGAGAAGCCUGCCCUUGUUGGGACGGGCGCUGCCAGCACUCUAUACCCUGGACGUCUCCUUCAACGAGCUGGCCUCAUUGUCUCCUGAUGCCCUGAAUGGCCUGAGCCACCUCCAUGAGCUCUACUUGCGUGGCAACGAGCUGAAGACUCUGCCCCCUGGACUCCUGCAGCCCACACCCAAGCUGAAGAAGCUCAACCUGGCUGAAAACGGGUUGAGUGAGCUGCCCCCUGGGUUCCUGGAUGGGUUGGAGGAACUUGACACCCUCUACCUCCAGCGGAACUUGCUGCGCACGAUACCAAAGGGCUUCUUUGGGGACCUCCUCCUGCCUUUUGCUUUUUUCCACGACAACACCUGGUUCUGUGACUGUGGGAUCCUCUAUUUCAGCCACUGGCUGCAGGACAAUGCCAACAAUGUGUACAUAUGGAAGGAGGGUGUGGACGCCAAGGCCAUGACCCCCAACGUGACGAGCGUGGGGUGUGUCAAUUUGCCCAACACGUUUGUCUACACCUACUCAGGAGAGGGCUGCCACACCCCUGGCGACAGGGACAGCAUAGACUACGAUGUCUACGAAGAGGAUGACAAGGUGCCUACCACAAGGGCUGCGGGCAGCUCCUCUACCCACACCAGUGCCCACACCACCCACUGGGGCCUGCUUUACUCAGUGCCACCUGCUCUGCUAGGCCCCCAAGUGUCCUCCUUGCCUCCAACUAAGGAACAGACCACGUUCCGAAUUUCUACAGGACCCAUCACAUUCUCCAAAACUCUCAAACCCACCCCAGAGCCCACAAGCCCGAGCACCCCAGAGCCCACAAGCCCAAGCACCCCAGAGCCCACAGCCCCGAGCACCCCAGAGCCCACAGCCCCGAGCACCCCAGAGCCCACAGCCCCGAGCACCCCAGAGCCCACAAGCCCGAGCACCCCAGAUCCCACAGCCCCGAGCACCCCAGAGCCCACAAGCCCGAGCACCCCAGAGCCCACAAGCCCGAGCACCCCAGAGCCCACAGCCCCGAGCACCCCAGAGCCCACAGCCCCCAGCACCCCAGAGCUCACAAGCCUGAGCACCCCAGAGCCCACAGCCCCGAGCACCCCAGAGCCCACAAGCGAGACCUCAGAACCCACCAUAUCCUUAACCUCCACAAAACCCACUUCACUUCCCACUAUCUUAGAGUCCGCCACAGCCACCAUCUCUGAAUUUGGUAACCUCCUGAAGGCCCAGGGGGUGGCUCAGUGGAAUGCGGAGAGUUCCAGAAACGACCCUUUUCUCAACUCUGACUUUUGCUGCCUCUUCCUGGGCUUCUAUAUCUUGGGUCUCCUCUGGCUCCUGUUUGCCUCUGUGGUCCUCAUCCUGCUGCUGUUCUGGGUCCAGCACGUGAAACCACAGGCCCUGGCCACAGUCACGCACACCUCACAUCUAGAGCUGCAGAGGGGAAGGCAAGUGACAGUGGCCCGGGCCUGGCUGCUUUUCCUCCAAGGCUCGCUCCCCACUUUCCGCUCUAGCCUCUUCCUGUGGGUGCGGCCUAAUGGCCGUGUGGGGCCCCUGCUGGCAGGACGGCGGCCCUCAGCCCUGAGCAUGGGUCGUGGUCAGGACCUGCUGGGGACAGUGGCUGUUAGGUACUCCGGCCACAGCCUCUGA